AUGUUAACUUCAUUCCUGUACUGCAGUAACUAUGAGAGUCCUUAUAGAUCAACAUACAGUAUUCCUACUAGUUUGGGCAUACGACCAUAUCAACAAAAUAAUAAUUCAAGCAACCAUAAUAACAAUGGUGGCAGCGGUUAUGGCAGCAAUAUACAAACACCUGAUUCACCACGUAGCACGCGUAGCGCACCAUGGCCGAGGUCACAGCAACGAUCGCUCUUUGGCAAUAAUCCAUCGAGUCCACGCUCAGUGCGUUCGGCAAGCACAACGGGUGGUGGCCUACAUCAUCACCAUCAACACCAGCAUCAUUACCAACAGCAGCAUCACCAUCAGCAACAUCAGCAACAUCAACGGCAUCAAGCGAACGGUGCUGCUCACCAGCGUGAUCACGUACCUUCGCAACGAUAUCGAUCAAGUUCGGUUGAAAGUCAUUCAUCAAAUGAUUCGCGCUCAACACGAAGGCACAAGCAUCGACAUCGACGUACUUCCGAUAAUGAGAGUGAAUUAUCGCGUAGUUCUGGUCGUUCAGGUCGUUCGUAUCAUCGGAAACAUCGGCGUUCGCGUCAUCGUCGAGAUUCUGGUGGUUCAGAUCAUGAGAGCACACGUGGACGUAGCUAUUCUGGUCAUCGCGCUUCUUCAGCGCGUAGUGGUUCAGCUGAAUUGAUUGAUUCGGCAUUGCAGUGGCGCGAAGUGCAACGACGUCAAGCAGAAGCUAGUCUAGGUCAAAGUUCCGUCCAUCAGGCAUCGGUGUCGAAGAGCAGCAUGUUGGCUCGCAGCUUACACAGUAACGAUAGUCAUUCAGAUACACACUCGCAUCAUAAGUCAAGGCGGCACAGAAAGAAUAAAUCUCCAUCCGAUUCUCGCAAUCGUAUUUGGUCAAGUGAACUCGCUAAGCAUUUACAAUUUGAUCUAGUCGAUACAACUGGCAUGACCGAAGAUCAGCUUCGCGAAAUUCCCUAUACAGUAGUGGAAACGAAUUCUAAGCGUUCUAAUUCAAACCUUAAGAUACAUAAAAGCAACAGCAAGAAUAGUGUUGGCGGUAAGAGUACAGGUUCUGGCAACACAAUUACAAAUGGUAGUGGCUCUGGGAACGGACAGGGUAAAAAUCGUGUCGAUCGUAUACGCGGCUCCCAUCCGACUGAUAACACUGGUGGUAAAAAUGGUUCCAUACGUUCGGCAAGCACAAUUUCUUCACGCGAAUGUGAACGUAACAAUGGUUUAGUAAGAAUGAUGUCUAGUAUGAGUAUGGGAGAUUUUAUAUCCCCCACUGGUUCUAAUCUUAGUCCACUUGAAAAUUCAGCUUUACGUGUUUCGCAUGAGCAUACCGAUUCUGGUUUAGGUGCUGAUCAAGAUUAUGCUUAUUCUUCUGAAAGAUCUAGUGAUAGCACACGUUACGGUACGAAUAAAUCAUCUGGUGCUUCUAGUGGUAGUCAUCGUAAAUCGGCUGGUGCCGGUAGUGGUUCCAAUUACAAUAAUUUAAUGCAACAAACUGUGAGUAAUCAACAGCAAACACAGCGUCAAAAUUCUUUUUAUGCACAGCGUCAACAAGCGCAAAAACAAAAUUUCAAAUUCUCCCAAACUAACCAAAACUCAUCAAAAUCAAAAUCACUGGCGCCCAUUCACAAUACCCAUUCCUCUACUAAUUCAGCUAACAAUAACAAUUCGAACACUACUAAUCCGGGUAGUUUUAAUGAGGCGAACACUUCAAAGCCGAGCACUAAUCGUCUGCUUAACUACACCACAUUUGAGAACAACCAAUACAAGUUUAGUCUUAACAAUGUGUUUAGUAAGAGCGGUGCAGCUAAGAGUGCUGGCAGUAUUGGCAGCAUUGGUAGUGGUGGUGUAAGUGGUUAUGGUUUUACUAACAAUCAGAUGGAUAGUUUUCUUGAAUGGCCAAAUUCACCAGCUGCACCGUAUUACUAUAAUGGUCCACCUUCGACAAAUGUUAAUAUGAAGAAACGUGACGCCAAAUCCGAUAUUGGUGUACCGAUACGUCGACUUUCCGGUCAAGCCAUAACAAAGACUCAAUUAUUAAGUGGCCAAUUGCCGAAUGCCAGUUGCUAUCCGAUGCCAACAGCAGCUUAUUCGGUGGUCGGUUUAGCCUCGCACUUACAUCCAGCCAAAUCAGAUUUGUUUCUUUCGUAUAUGCAUUCUUCGUCUGCCGGGGAAUAUGAACGUCCAUAUAUUUACAAUUAUAAAAUGCCAGAUAUGCCGGAAUUUAUGCGUCCCGCCAAUACAACAACGCCACAACACCAAAAACAGCAGCAACAGCAGCAGCAGCAACAGAAUUUGCCACAACAAACUAACACGGCUUAUCACAUUUCAGGCGCACAAACUGCUGAUCCGCCACCAGUUUAUAAGCCUUCCAAUAGUGGUAGCAUCAACAAUGGUGGCGGAGUUGGUGUUGGUGUUGGCAGUAGCAUGUUGUAUGGCGGUGCUGCGCCCGCUACUGAUGUCAUGUAUUACCAAUUUGACAACGGCAAGCCGCCAAUUGUUCAACAGCCGAAAUCUCUACUGAACAAGACCACAAAUGAUCCCUCGUCACAAAUGCAAAAAGCAACGACAUCAGCCAAUGUUGUCGGUCCAUUAGUCUACUUGCAGCACGGCCAGAAUGUUGCGCCAGCAAAUGCCACUUCAACACAGCAAACUGUGAGUAGUGAUUUACUUUGUUUAUCGCAUGGCAAACGCAUGUUGCUGCACUAA